AUGGCUGAGGAGGUAACAGUCCCUGGGAAUACAAUACCUGAGUUGGUUGAGCACUGGGGCUCCACGGCUGAAAAUGAAACCCCAGCUUUUGUCAGUAUUCACGCAGAUGGUGAUAGACGGACACUCACUAGGAAGGAAGUUCUCGAUAUUUCUAAACGAUUUGCAUACAAGCUUCACAGUUCUGGUAUCAAGAAGGGGUAUAUUGUUUGUAACACAUUACCAAACUCACUAGAGCGUGUGGUCUGUGAGUUUGCAACUCAGUUUGUAGGUGCAGCUUCUCUCAACGGCCAGGUUAUGCGCUCUGAUGGCGAGGAUUUCUUUGAAAGUUUGAGAGUUUCAAAGUGUCAGGCUGUGAUCAUCGACCCUGAUGUGGCCAAAGGGGCUAACCAGAUUUUGUUCAAUGGCAAGCCAUAUAACGGUGAGCAUGUGUUGAAACUACCACAGUGCGACCCUAUAGAAAUUAUUGUGUGCCGUCGAAAUGAUGACAGCAGUGAGGACGAUUUUAUUUCAACGAUGAAGAAUCCAGACCUAGAGCAGUUUCGUGCAGAGGUGUCUCCAGAAGACCUGGCGACUGUCAUGACAACAUCUGGAAGUACCGGCUACUCCAAACUGGUCAAACAUUUGCAGUCAAAUAUAUGUCAUUUCUGCAAACAGGUCAAAGCAAUUGAGCCAUUUCAGAGCGGAGCUCGGUUCAUUAACUGUGGACUUCUUGGCUGGGCAGGAGGCUACCCUCAGUGGUACCUCUCUUGUGGGGUCACACGAUACUUUAUAGACAUGCACGACGGACCUCCGUCUGACACAGCAUCACUUGUAUGGAGAACCAUGACGCAGGAGAAGAUCAUCUAUGGUUUUCUGUCCCCCCUGUUUGUCAAUACCAUCUUAACGAAAUGCCUCUGGAAAGAGUCAGAGUGGAGACCAAAGGUUUUAUGUCUGGCAGGGCAGCCGGUGAAGAAGGAGUCAAUGGAGAUAAUCGGGAAGAUUUGUGAUGCUGUGGACGUGAACUAUGGCAUGACGGAGUGCAACCUGGUGGCCUCACACCGGAUUGUGGAUCCUAAUGAUUAUGUGGAUGGAUGUGUUGGCUAUCCAGGUUAUGGGGUCAAGCUAAAAAUAGUAGACGCCAAUAAGCAGGUGGUACCCAGCGGGACAACAGGAGAAAUUUUGGUCUGGAGCCCAGCCCUGAGUCCAGGCUACAUGAACAAUGAGUCAGCCACUGCUUCUGCCUUCACAGACGAUGGCUGGUUUUGCACCGACGAUGCUGGCUAUGUGGGUAAAGACGGGAAAAUCUAUGUGGAAGGUCGGCAGUCGGACAGUAUUCAUCGUGGAACAUACAUCCUCUACCCAGGAUGGCUGGAGAAGAAGAUGAGGGAGGUGUCAGGGGUGAAGGACAUUGCUAUAGUGGCUGUGCCCGACAGGGUGCUGCACCAUGAGAUCUGCGCUUGUGUUGUGGUCAGUGGCGUAAAGGGUGUUGUUGCAGGAUUUUUACACAAGACUAUUAACAUGGGCGCUGAUUUGUCAGCAUCUUCCCCCAACCAGCUCGAUUCAAGGGGGAGUUCAGACAGCCGGGCUUAG